AUGGCUACCCAAGGACCGAGAGGCGCGGGCGCGAAGCGACCCAGCGCUCGGAAUUUCCCGUUUCGGUGGCUGCACGGCCUUCAGGGUGUGCGCGCCCUCUCGCCUCUGCAGCUCGGUCCUCUUCUGGGUCCUCAAUUGUUGACAGCUCCGACCUGCCCACCUUGUGGUGCUGGUGGAUUAGGGAGCCUACGCCCGUCUGGAAAUCCCUCUCCUCUGAAUAUCGCUCGGGUUAGGUCAGAGGACGGUCUCAGAAUUCGCACUGAGGGUGGAAAACUUGGGAGGGCGCUAAGCACGUGCCGCCUCGGAGGAAAGAAGGGGCAGAAUCACCUCUCAAGAGUAAAGCCAAUUCCAGCUGAAGGAAUCAAGUCAAAUCCUUCCAAGCGACAUAGAGAUCGACUUAAUACAGAGUUGGACCGUCUGGCUAGCCUGCUGCCUUUCCCACAAGAUGUUAUUAAUAAGCUGGACAAACUUUCAGUCCUUAGGCUCAGUGUCAGUUACCUGAGAGCCAAAAGCUUCUUUGAUGUUGCAUUAAAAUGCUCCCCUGCUGACAGAAAUGGAAGCCAGGAUAACUGUAGAGUGCAGUUAAGAGAUGGCCUGAACUUAAAAGAAGGAGAAUUUUUAUUACAGGCUCUGAACGGCUUUGUACUGGCUGUCACUACAGAUGCUUUGGUCUUUUAUGCAUCUUCAACCAUACAAGAUUACCUAGGCUUUCAGCAAUCUGAUGUCAUACAUCAAAGUGUGUAUGAACUUAUCCAUACCGAAGAUCGAGCUGAAUUUCAGCGUCAGCUCCAUUGGGCAUUCAACCCCUCACAAGAUACAGACUCUGGACAAGCAGUUCAGGAACCUCAUGGUUUCUCACAGCCAGGAGUGUCUUAUACCCCAGACCAGCUUCCUCCAGAAAACUCUUCUUUUAUGGAGAGGUGCUUUAUAUGCCGACUAAGGUGUUUACUGGAUAAUUCAUCUGGCUUUCUGGCAAUGAAAUUCCAAGGAAGGUUAAAGUAUCUUCAUGGACAGAACAAGAAAGGGAAAGAUGGAUCAAUACUCCCUCCUCAGCUGGCUCUGUUUGCUAUAGCUACUCCACUUCAGUCACCAUCCAUACUUGAAAUUCGAACCAAAAAUUUCAUUUUUAGAACCAAGCACAAACUGGAUUUUACACCUAUUGGUUGUGAUGCCAAAGGGCAGAUUGUUUUAGGUUAUACUGAAGCAGAACUGUGCACAAGAGGAUCUGGAUAUCAGUUUGUUCAUGCUGGGGAUAUGCUUUAUUGUGCCGAAUCCCAUAUCCGGAUGAUUAAGACUGGAGAAAGUGGCAUGACUGUUUUCAGGCUUCUUGCGAAACACAACCGGUGGACCUGGAUGCAGUCUAAUGCACGUGUAGUCUAUAAAAAUGGAAGACCGGAUUAUAUCAUUGCAACUCAACGAGCUCUGACAGAUGAAGAAGGAAGGGAGCAUUUACAAAAACGCAAUAUGACAUUGCCUUUUAUGUUUACCACUGGAGAAGCUGUGUUGUACGAGACCAGCAACCCUUUUCCUCCUAUGAUGGAUCCCUUACCGAUACGUACUAAAAGCAGCACUAGUGGACAAGUCUCUGCUACCAAAUCGACUGAAAAUAAAGAUUCUCUUCACCCCAGUUCCCUCUUGGCUGCCAUAAUGCAACAAGAUGAGUCUAUUUAUCACUGCCCUGCUUCAAAUACUGUACCUUUUGAAACAAAUUCUUUUGACGAUUCUAUGAUUGAAUGCGGUAACUGGCAAGACAAUAUUGUACCGACGGGCAAUGAUAAUAUCCCCAAACAUAGACAAAUUGGACAAUCUCAGGAGAUGAACCCAGUGUUCUCUGGAGGUCAUGCAGGGCCCUUUCCAGAUAAUAAAAAUAGUGAAUUGUACAGCAUUAUGAAAAACCUAGGCAUUGAUUUUGAAGAUAUUAAACACAUGCAGAAUGAGGAAUUUUUCAGGACUGAUGUGUCUGGUGAGGUUGACUUCAGAGACAUAGACAUAAGGGAUGAAAUAUUGACAUAUGUCCAGGAUUCUUUAAAUAAGUCUUCAUUCCUGAAUUCAGAGUACCAGCAGCAACAGGCUGUGACCCUAAAUUCAAGCUGUAUGGUACAAGAACAGAUAGAGUUAGAACAGCAGCAGCUUCAGCACCAUGAAAAGCAAACAGUAAUGGAACUGCAGCAACAACUGUGUCAGAGAAUGAAACAUAUGCAAGUUAAUGGCAUGCUUAGGAAUUGGAGCGCUAACCCAUCUCUGCCUUUCAGUUGUCCUCAGCAAGACCUGCAACAGUAUAAUGUGUUUUCAGACUUACAUGGAGAGAAUCCAGAGUUUCCCUGCAAACCUGAGCUGGACACCAUGCCUUACACACAGAACUUUGUUCCCUGUGAUCAGUCUGUCUUACCCCAGCAUUCCAAAUGUACACAGUUGGAGUUUCCCAUAGGGAAUUUUGAACCAUCCCUAUACCCUCCAACUUCUAAUUUAGAAGAUUUUGUCACUUGUUUACAAGUUCCUGAAAACCAAAGACAGGGAAUAAAUCCACAGCCCACCACAGUAACUCCUCAGACAUGUUAUGCUGGGGCCAUGUCAACAUACCCAUGCCAAGCAGAAGCUCAGCACACCCAUGUGGAUCAGAUGCAGUACAGUCCAGCAAUUCCAGGUCCACAGGUGUUUUUAAACAAGUUUCAGAAUGGAGGAGUUUUAAGUGACAUGUACCCUGCUGAAUUAAAUAACAUAUGUAACACUCAGACUGCCACACAUCUUCAGCCACUUCAUCAUCCAGCAGAAACCAGGCCUUUCCCUGACUUGACACCCAGUGGAUUCCUAUAAUUCCAAACCCGAUUUUCACCUUAAUUUUUUACUAGUUUUUAAAGAAUCACAGAAUAAAAAACCUGUCACUGUUGGACAUCAGCAAGUUCACACAGAGGCAAUGAUGCAUGUUGUUAUUCCAAAUCAAAUUAUAACCUUUGCUUUUAUAAAAUUCAACAUUACACGUAACAUCCUUGUUAAAACAGAAAAUGUGCUGCCCCAGAAGUGAGAUCAUCUGCAUUUCACAUCCUCUGGGUUCCACAGAAUAUGCAAAACUUAUGCAGGAGAACUCUAAGACCCUUUGGAACCAGAAAACUUUAUUUGUGUGCAUUAUUUGUCAGAAUAAAAAUGAAAUACUUUAAAUUUUGAACUUAGGGACUUUCAUCAGUGUACUAAAUACAAAGUGAAAAAAGACUAACUUAUCCUCCUAUAUUUUUUAGAUUCUGCUUUUGUCUCACCUGUUAAGUGGUUUGGUGUUUUUAUAAAAAGAUACAAACGCUUUCCUCCUGCACUGUUAAUCUAAGUGCCUCACAUUUUUCCUAUGUGUGAUGCUGUAGGAUGUAUAUUUUAUAUAAAAUAUUCUUUUCUUUUUAAAAUUAAUAACCUGCACACAAAUAUUACUUGUAUUUUCUAAAUUCAAUCAUUUCUAUUAAUUCAGGCACGUUUUGCUGCACUACUCACCCACUGUCUUCAGGUAAAGGGCAAAUAUUAAUAGGAUAAUUAUUAUGUAAUUAGUUGCUGCCAUGCUUUAAAUAUUGCUAUGUGCCUUAUGUUAAAAAGUCCAAAGUAAAAUGUCUUUCUAAAUUACUUCUUAGUUAUUAAGACUAGCACUUGAAUUUCAGCAGUGUUUUCAGAAGAGAUAUAUCACUAUCUUUACUGAAAUCUUCACAAUGGUAGUUGAAUGCUGCCGUGUGAAAAAUCUUUUGUUAAAUGCAAUGAAGUUUAUUAAAUUACAGUGAAAAGAAGCAGGUUUAUGUCUAGCUUUUUAAUUAAAGAAUUCAUUUCAGUGUGUAUAAAUUUUCUAUAAAAUGUCUUAAGAGCUAUAACCCUUUAUGAUGUAGUAUUAUAUUGACUUUAUAAAUUUCACUCUUUAAAACAGUGGAACAUUUGUUUUAGUCAUAUUUGAGGAGUUUUAAGGUUGAAGAUAGAAAUUUUGGGGGCAAAGUAUUGUAAUGAAUGAAAAGAAUGGUGCAUUGUACAGACAUAAUGAACAAAAUCAUUUGUAAAAUACUGUCAAUGUUUCAUCUAAGAGUAGUCCAUUCCUUAUAUAUGCACAUAAAUAAUUUGGACUUUAUGUAUAUUUUAUCAGUGUGUCUUAAAUAAUGGAUCAAACUGCUUUUAAGCUGAUAUCAAGAAAAAGAAAAUGACAGUUUGUUUACCUUUAAAAAUUGUUUUUUUAACAAUGACUUUCUUUACCAAAAAAGACAAAUAAUCACCCUACCACCUUUACUGUCCUUAAAAAAUUUAAAGGAAAAAAUGCCACUGCUACUCUGUUACUUAAAUAUAACAUCAGAAGUGCAUAUACACAUUUUUUUUUUUUUUUUUUU